CCAGAGCAGCUACAUAAAGCUAUGGGGGGAGGAAAUUCAUCACCAAGUCCACCUCAACCACUUUUGAGUGCGCCAUGGAGGAAUCUGCCGCAGGACAAGAAAGAAGAUCUUGAGUUUGUGAAAGCUUUCCAACCUGGCAACAAAAAUGUCAAACAGCUCAGAAUUCUUCUUCACGGACCAGUUGGUGCCGGCAAGUCCAGUUUCAUCAACUCUGUUAACAGUGUUUUACAGAACAGAAUUAUUGGUCGAGCUCCAACAGAUGCAAUCUCUGGCAGCAGCUACACCAAAAAGUACAAAACUUACAAGAUCAGAAAUGGUCAAGGGAGCCAUUAUCCUUUCGUCUUCAGUGACAUCAUGGGCUUUGAGAAAGACACUGACAGAGGAGUUCAUGUGGACGAUGUCAUACUGGCCCUGAAAGGACAUGUGGAAGAAGGUUACCAGUUCGAUCCCACACAACGGUUGAAGGAGGGUGAUGAAGGCUACAGGUCAUCUCCCACUCUGAAUGACAGAGUUCACGUUCUGGUUUGUGUCAUUCCUGCUGACAAAGUCUCUUUAGUAGAUGAUAAAGUGGUGAAGAAGAUGAGAGAAGUCCGACUGGCAGCCAGUGAACUGGAUAUUCCCCAACUGGCUAUUAUCACCAGAGCUGAUUUAGCCUGUCCUGAGGUGAAAAAAAAUGUAAAUAAUGCCUAUACGAGCAACUACCUGAAGGAACAGGUUGACAAAUUCUACAUGUUGCUGGGCAUUCCACAAAACUGCAUCUUUCUUGUGAAGAACUAUGAUCCAGAUCCCAACAUCAAUGCUGACAUGAAUGCACUGAUAAUGAACGCACUGAGACAGAUGAUUACCUUUGGAGACGACUUCCUCAGCGACCCGUAGACCAACAUACUGCUGACACAAACCUUGUGUGAUUAAGACAUAAAAAAAAUGUCCUCUUACAAAAAACCCCAUUUAUUUUCAGAGUACAUUUUGGUGAUAAUGUUUAUUUUUCAUGUCUGUCGCUAUAUUUAUAUAUAUUUCCCACCUCCUUUUAUGUACGUAGUACUUCUAUGUUUAUUGUUUUACUAUCUUUUACAGUUUUGUGUUUGUUUAGCCGUAUGUGUAUUUGUAUCUUACUGUAAACUGUUCUUGGAUUUAUAAGAAUACUGAGACCAAGUGAUCUGUCAAGUGAUUGACAGAUCAGCUGAUAAAGACGUGUCACAACCACCACCAAGUGACACUUCUAAGAAAGGUGGAAGUUUCCGCCGUAACAUGUCAAGGUAUGUAACAUCCUAACAUGUCUGAGAUAAAAGAACAACUAAAGUCACUGUGUUUUGUUUUGUUUGCUUUAUGAAUUAGCACCAAUCCAGUCCCUGCCCUUCCCCUUUAUUCUCACCUCACUUGACUCCUCUUCUGUUAAACAUUUUUGUGUGUAUUUAUGCAACUUUAAUUUUGUCGGAUCACUACACAAUGAAUAGCAGUCCUUGCAUGAUGACAUUGGCUGUAUGUUGCAUCCCUUGUCCCUAGAAAUCUAAAAGGUUUGUAACAAUGUAGUACGAAAUCUGUCCAUGUCUCAUGGUAUCCCCUGGAGCAAACUGCUGCAGCAGUCAUGACAACAAAUGUCCACAACUUCUUUGAUAGGUUGCUCUCUAGUAGCAUACAUCUUGCCUUUUUAAACGAUGUUCUUUAAUUUCUCUCAGCUGUGCUAUUUUGAUGUGGUGAAUAAAGUGCUGAAGUCUCCUGUU